UAAAAAAAUGAUUCUUUGGCUCGGCAUUCCAACAAUUUAUGGAAUUCUUAUGUCAUUAUGCACACGUCCAUUAAUUUUUAGCGGAAUAUAUUUUAGCUGGUUUUUCAAUCCACAUGUCGAUUAUAUUGAUGAUACUAAUGGAAUUUAUGAGAAUCUAAUCCAUACAAUUCACAACAAUAUAAUUUUGGUUAUGUUAGUUGUUACCUAUGUAGCUUUUUACCUUAUUUUACUUGCAAGAUCUAAAGGAAGAAACCAAUCUUCAGAUCAACAUAGCUUUUCUGAAAAAAUGAUUUUUGUUCAAGUCCUUUUAAUUAGUUUAAUUAACGCUACUGCUGCUUCAAUUUAUGUUUACAUGCAAUAUUUCCAUGUUAACGAAAUGUUGAUUAUAAUUGCACAAUUAGCUUGGGUUAAUGCUCAUGGAAUUCCACCUGUUAUUUACUUGACAAUGAAUAAAUCAAUUCAACGUGACUGUUUAUUAAUGUACAAACAAAUGAUUGGAAAAUCCGUCUCUACUAUAUAUCCAAUGACUGCUGGAAGCCACGCACCCCCACUCUUUUCCCGACACGCAACUGGACAUACAUCAACAAUUAAUCCACAAAAUAUACAAAAGCUUGGAGUGGAGAAUUUAGCAAAAACAAAUGAUAUUGCUGCUAACCUCGAUGAAUGUAAUUGA